UUAAAUUUCCUUUAAAAGCCAUCCACUUGGUCACAGAAUGAGAUUAUUUCUCACUUGUUUAUAAAUGAAAGUGGCCUGUAACUCUUUAACAGACUCUUUAAUCAGUGACACUUAUUUGGAGUGAACAUUUGGGUCUGUUUCUGCAUCGUGACCCCGUCGGUCUGCUCCUGAGGCGUUCGAGCAGGCAUUGAAAAGACACAUUGUCUCUUAAGGCUGGGCUGGAGUCUUCAGCUGUGUUCACUGUGUAGGAGACGGAGAGAGAGCAGGACACUGAAGCACAUCUGCUGCCUACAGACAUGGGUUGUUAUGAAUGCUGUAUGCGUUGUCUGGGAGGAGUGCCGUACAUCUCUCUGGUGGCCACUCUGCUGUGUUUCUCUGGCAUUGCUCUGUUCUGCGGCUGUGGACAUCAGGCUCUGACAGAAAGCGAAAGACUUAUCGAGACUUACUUCGCCCGUGACCAUCAGGACUACAUCACCCUAGCGUACCUUAUUGAGUAUUUUCAGUACAUCAUCUAUGGCCUGGCCUCCUUCUUCUUCCUGUACUGUGUAAUCCUGCUGGCUGAAGGCUUUUACACCACCAGUGCAGCACGGCAGUCAUUCGGAGAAUUUCGUAGCACAGUUUGUGGUCGCUGUCUCAGCACAACGUUCAUCGUGAUCACGUAUUUCCUGGUUGUGGUCUGGUUACUGGUGUUCUCCCUCUCUGCCCUUCCUGUCUACUUUUUCUACAACAUGGCAAACACCUGUCACACUAUCAACAUCCUCUCUGAGACACCCUCCAGCAUCAACCAGCUGUGCAUUGAUGCCAGACAGUAUGGUUUACUUCCAUGGAGUGCAGUACCAGGAAAGGCAUGUGGGAUGACCCUGUCUAACGUCUGCAAGACAAGAGAGUUUUUCCUGACCUAUGAUCUCUACAUCGCUGCCUUCGCUGGAGCGGGGAUGACGGUCUUGGCUCUGCUCACAUACACCGUGUCAACCACCUAUAACUUUGCGGUUCUGCGGUAUCUGGGAAGGAAAGGCAUCAGUCCGCGCUGUUAAUGGAUGUCCUUCGAUAACAGCACCAUAUUGGAGCACUUUAGAUAUUCUCAUCCUCUUCUUUUCCACAACACAAUUUCCUGACAUUCUUUUGGAUUUUUUUGGGAUUUCCAAACAGUGUUUGCAAUCCUUGCUCCAGACUGUCUUUCAUCUGAUUUUUCUACCUUUAUAUUGCUCCUGGAAAUAUUCUUUCUUCAAGUCCUCUGGGAUGUUAUAACUGUGCUAAUGUAACAAAGCAUUAUGUAACAGCAUUGGGUGUGUAACAGAUUCUUUGUAUAUUUUAUCUUGCAGUUUGGUCACAAAAGCCUGUUGCUACCUAAAUGAGUUGAGAGUUCUGGACAGCUUAUUUCCUACGCUUCAAAAACAGAUUUUCUUUCUCAGUAUUUUUGCCUUGUUUUUUUGUCAAUACUGUACAAUUACUCAAGAAGCAGAAUGACUGAAAGGGGAUAGUUCACCCAGAAAAAAAAUUCGGUCUUUAAUUACUCACCCAUAUGUUUUUCUAAAGCCUUAAGACCUUCGUUCAUCUUCAGAACACACAUUAAGAUAUUUUUGAUGAAGUCCGAGAGCUUUCUGACUCUGCAUAGACAGCAGAGCAACUGAAAUGUUCCCAGACCCAGAAAUGUAGUAAAGACAUCAGUAAAAUAGUCAAUGUGACAUUAGUGGUUAAACUGUAUAUUUACAGAGCUACAAAAGUACUUUUUGUGUGCAAAAAAGAAAAAGUGUGCAACAUUUCUUCUCCUCUAAAUCAUGUCUUCCCUCAUUAUCGAGAGCACCUCUGCAUGAAAACAAUGCAAACAUGCAUCCAUAAUAGAGGAAGACAUUAUUAUUUGGAGAAGAAUUGUCGAAUAAAGUCAUUAUUUUUGUUUCCUUUGCACACAAAAAGUAUUGUUGUAACUUUGUAAAAUUACAGUUGAGCCACCGAUGUCACAUGGACUGUUUUUCUGAUGUCUUUAAUACGUUUCUGUGUCUGGAAACAUUUCAGUUGCACUGCUGUCUAUGCAGGGUCACAGAGCUCUCGGAUUUCAUCAAAAAUAUGAAUUACCAAUAUCUUAAUAUUUUGAUUAUUCAAGAAUGUUUAGAUAUUUGUACUAGAAAACAGAGUAAAAGGACUAUAAUUCAGCAAUACACAACCUGUACAGAUAGCGUUCACAAUGAAAACUUCAAUUACGACCAAUAGCAAGCUUCUUCUGCCACGAUUAUUUAACUGACUCAAAGAAAAACCUUUUUUUUUCUUAUAAGUUACAAUAUUGAGGUGAGGUUCUAGUGCCAACAUGACUUGAAGGCAGCUAUAAAUCUUUAAUUAGAUUUGAGAAUGCAUUCAUUUUUGUUUUUAGAAAUCUGAUAGUAUAGUUUGAGUUUUACUUUCUUUAUCUGCUAUAAAAUACCUAAUCAUAUAUUUGUUUACAGCUAUUAUACAAGUCCAUUAAAACCAUCUGGUCUAUCCGUAAGUGUAAUGACUUGCAGAUUGGACCAAAUAUAUUCUGGUUUCAGAAAAUAAAAGUACAAAUCAUAACUGGGUAGAACUACCAAUUCAAUCAGAUCAUUAGAUGCUUAAAAGAAUCUGAAGGGGGUGAUGGCUGGUUUCCUUGGUGACCAUCCCUCACAUCUGGUUGCCAUGGAGAGAGACAGCCACUUGUGCUGUGUUCUUGUGACUCCAGCACUUUUUUUCUCACCGCCUCUUGAAAGGACUGAGAAAAGCCCAAACAAUGGAUGAGCCCCUCUUUGUUUAGAGGACACCCCCGGCACAAACCCAUGCUAGGGGUCAGUUUACGCGUAAGGAUAUCGCCCAAUGACAAAGAGGCUUCUGGGACUUUCCAGCUGCUUGAAUAAAAGGCUUUCUGUGACUGGUGCACAUAGUAUCGUGGCUGGGAUCUUUCACUAAAAAUGAAGAGCAAAAGACAUUUCGGUAGAAAACAAUGAUGAAAAAAGGCAGCCGUAGCUUCAUUUUGCUUGUUUUCUAUAUAUUAUUUUUUUUUUACAAAAAGUAACUAAUUCAGGAUGUUUUAAUUUGAUUAUUUCAUCCUGAGCAUUUCUUAUGAAUAAUGCAUGUCGGAUGCGUUUGGUGAAAGCAAGUUAUUAGUGUAGACUGAGAGCAGUAGUUGACCUGAAUAGUUCACGAAUGAAAGCAUAACUUUUUUACUCGCACGUACGUCGUUCCAAACCCGAAUCGCUUCACUAAAGGUAACACGUGUGACUAGUGCACGACACUGAGUCUUCUGAAGACACACGGCUGAAAUUGAAUUUGCCGUCCCUUGAAAAAUAAGCCUUUCAUCGUUUGUUCUUCCUCGUAUUCAAAUUUAACUCAUUUGUAUUAAACCUUUUACAAUACACCAUAAUAGAAGACUUUAGAUGUGGCGCACAAAGACCUGCUUUUCUCUUCUUAUAGAGCAUUUUCUAUCAUUGAAGAGCAGCAUGAACAUUUUUUAAAAUAUCUUCUUUUUCUUACACGGCUGGAAUUUGGAGGUUUGGAGCAAUGUGAAAUGAGUUUUCAUUGAUUGUAACUCUUAAUUAUCAGGAGAUUGUUGUAGUUAUUGUAUAACACUUUUUUCUUUUGCUGAAUUUCCAAUUAAUAAUGUUUGAUUCAUCAGAUGGCUUAUUCCAUUGGUUUGUUAUUAGCACUAACAGUAUUUCUUAGAUUUGUUCCAGCUCAGGUCUGUUAUUUUAACCUGCUGCUCGGCUGCACAGUUUGUUGGUGUAAAAGCUGAAGUUUAGCAGGAAAUAAAGGUCGGUGUCUUUCACCGGUGACUC